CUUCCCUCCGACUACGUCACUAGAUCACAAUCUGCAAUUGUAGGAAUUGCGAUUUUGAUUGAUUAAGAGUACGACUUAUAACUUAACAAAAAGAAUAUAUGUUUCGUUUGUUGUGAGGUCUGACAAGUAUUGCUCCACAAGCAUCGUGCUCCCAUUCCAUGUGGAAAAUAGGUCGCAUAUCUUUGAUUUGAAAUACUGCAAAAUGUACAUAUAGCAUGUGCUUAUAUUUUAAUGAAUCCUUUUCGAUUACAAAUCAAGAGAUCAUUAAUUAUCAUUUAAGCGAUUCACUCAUACAAUCAUAUCUGCAAUUGAAAUCUGUAAAACUCAUGAAACAUCUAUACGGUUGAAAGAGAAUUUAGUAAGUCUACCCACUCAUUAUGGCAAACAAGAGAUAUAGCUAUCAGUUAAAACGAUAUAGAAACAAUGCAUUCUAUAAUGUCACUUGCAAGUAACUUACAAUGGAUAAACACCAUUGCCUCAAGUCCCUUCAUAUGAUAAUUUUUCUGGGUUUCAGUAUUACGGUGUGUUGGUACUUUGAUGAAAGAGUCACUAAAAGACUCUUGGUGUUCAUGUUGACUAACCUUAGCUUUCAAUUUCAGAGUUAAGUGACUUAGAAGAUUCAGAACCAGGAUGAUCCACAACUACAAACAUGUAAUUUCAUGAGGAAUUUCUUAAUUAAAUUACAGGUAUUAUGUUUCAUGCGUGUUUGUUUGCAGACAAGCGUUCAGACGUCUACAUAUUACAUUUUCCAUCAAUAGUUUGGCGAAAUCAGUAAUUUUAUUGAGAGCAUGACUAACAAUGAUGCAUCUGUAACAACAGACAGCAUUCACAGCAAGACAUUGCAACCUCUGCAUGAACCAUUGAGUGACGUAGAAAUGACAUUGCCUCAAAGCUACUUCGCUGUAAUGAAGAACGUCGUCGUUGUUGGUUUUGCGUUUUUGCUGCUUUUUACUUCUUUUCAGUCGAUUCAGAAUCUUCAAAGUAGUUUGAACGAAGAGGAAAAUAUUGGCUUGAUUUCGUUGAUUAUCGUUUACACAAGCCUCAUUAUUUCAUGUAUGUUUGUGCCACCUAUGUUGAUCAGUCGGAUUGGCUGCAAGUGGACGCUCGUUGCCUCUAUGUCAUGUUACGUCGCCUAUAUUGCAGCUAACUAUUAUCCGCGAUGGUACACGUUGGGAUUUACUUCUGUGCUACUAGGUUUCGGUGCAGCUCCUCUUUGGUCUUCAAAAUGUGCUUACCUAACGACUACUGCUAUAUCACACGCCAAACAUAACAGUAUCCCCCAAGAUGUCGUCAUCACUCGCUUUUUUGGAAUUUUCUUCAUGAUAUUUCAGUCUGCACAAGUCUGGGGAAAUUUAAUAUCCUCUGAAGUCUUAAAGCAAUCUGAACAAUCAUUAAAGUCGAAUUUUACAAACCAAUCUUUAGCUUACGAUGUUAUCGAAGUCUGCGGAGCCAACGACUGUGGACAAGUUUUGUCUCAGAAAAACUCGUCCGUACUAAUAGUUCCUGAGAAAUCAACCGUUGUCAUCCUUGUAACAAUAUAUCUUGUUUGUGGAUUCCUGUCUAUAGCUGCAACCUUGCUUUUUGUUGAUCAACUAAAAGAAGAAAAUAUAAAAGUUCGACAUCCAAAACUACGGCUGUUUGUGUCCACGUUACGUCAUCUCCAGGAAAUACGCAUGCUCCUCGUUGUCCCGCUAACCAUAUACAGCGGUUUGGAGCAAGGCUUUGUUUUCGCAGAUUUUACUAAAUCGUUUGUCACAUGUGUUUAUGGCAUCGAUAAAGUCGGUUACGUCAUGAUUUGUUUUGGCGUUGGUAACUCAAUCUUCUCGUACUUGCUGGGGAAGCUUGCGAAAUACAUUGGACGAUUGCCAAUAUUCAUAUCUGGUGCAGUCACACAUCUCGUGAUCUAUGUUGUUUUGUUAUCAUAUACUCCUGACCGUCAUAUGAUCACAGUACCUUUUGUAAUUGCUGCACUUUGGGGAUACGCAGAUGCUGUCUGGCAGACUCAAAUCAAUGCUUUCUACGGUGUUCUCUUUCAUGAUAAACAAGAAGCAGCAUUCUCGAAUUAUCGCCUGUGGGAGUCCCUUGGAUUUGUCAUCAGCUUUGCUUUAAGCAGUGCAAUAUGCGUCAGGUAUGGCGUUUUAUGUUGCUGUCGAGAUCAUUCACAGACGUGAAGCUAAAGACACUUAGAGUUGGUCUCUAAUCUGCAAGUUUGCUCAAAAGCCUUUUUAAGCGUUUUUAGUUGAACAUUUUUUUGUCAACACGAAAAAAGGAGUUAAUUAGCUAUUUACUUCAAAACAUGUCCUUUUUAUAAAAUAUAUAGCCUUAUUCAAAAUUAA